AGCUUUGUCCAAGCCGAGCCGCGCGCUCCCGGGGCGCCAUGACCCGACGCCGAGGCUCCGGCCUUCUGGCCGUGGCUUUGCUUUGUGCUGGCGCCUGCGCGCUGGGCUUCGUAGCGCCCGCGGCUUCGGCGUCCGAAGCGCCGGCUGCGGCUCUCCGAGCGGCGCCCGUGGCGGCGCCGGGCGCGGCGCCCGGCGCUGCGGCGCGCUUUGUGGCCCUGGCGCUGCUGCUGCCGUCCCCGGCACUGGCCACGGAAGGUGUCUCAACCUUCGAGCUGGUCUACGGAGGUGUGGCGCUUGUGGUGUUGAUUGUCUUUGCGGGGCUGGAUUUCUUCAAGAAGGAUUGAGCCUUAGGUGGCGGUUGGAGAAGCCGGGAAAAAGAGCUGCGACGUAGCCAUGGUUUUGAAAACCACUGGCAAGCAAGACCGACAGGUAGAUUUGUCUAAGCACCCAGUUGCGAGCCAUGAUGACGGACAGUCUUUCUCUUUGCUCUGUAUUGGCAUGUUCGAGCCUGAGUUUCACGAGUCGUUCCAUGCCUCGCGCGGAAGGGUC